UUUUUUUCUUCUGUCUAUCUUAUUUUUGUUGUCCUUGAAUUUUGGAGGAUGAUUAAUUCUGUUUAAUUUCUUGGUUUUUCUUUUAAAUUGUUAAUUCUUCAAAAGGGUUUUUAAUUAUUUUUUUAGAGGAGUCAUGGAUGAUGAGUAUGCUAAGCUUAUCAGGAGGAUGAACCCACCAAGAGUUGUAAUUGACAACGAUGCUUGUGAGGAUGCCACUGUUAUUCAGGUUGAUAGUGUGAACAAGCAUGGAAUAUUACUUCAGGUUGUACAAGUGCUUACUGACAUGAACCUUGUAAUAACAAAAGCAUAUAUAUCAUCUGAUGGAGGAUGGUUUAUGGAUGUGUUCAAUGUGAUAGAUCAAGAUGGCAACAAAAUCAGAGACAAGAAGACCAUUAGUUAUAUUCAAAGAAGACUUGAAAAUAAUGCGAGCUUUGCUCCUUCAUUGAGAGGGUCCGUUGGAGUGAUGCCCUCGGAAGAUCAUACAUCAAUUGAACUCACCGGUUCCGACAGGCCUGGUUUACUGUCGGAAGUAUGUGCAGUUUUGACAGAUCUCCGCUGCAAUGUGGUAAAUGCUGAGAUAUGGACUCAUAAUGCAAGGGCAGCAGCUGUAGUUCAUGUCACAGACGAUGCCACAGGACAUGCUAUUAAAGAUUCGAAGCGACUCUCAACGAUAAAGGAAUUACUUUGCAAUGUUCUCCAAGGAAACAAUGAUUUGAAGGCAGCAAAAAUGAGUGUUUCACCACCUGGGAUAACAAGUUGGGAGAGACGAUUGCAUCAGAUCAUGUUUGCUGAUCGGGACUAUGAAAGAGCUGAACUAGGGAGUGACGACGAGGAUAAGAGCUCAAGACCCCAUGUUACAGUGUUGAACAUCGAGAAAGAUUACUCUGUAAUUACUAUGAGGUCAAAGGAUCGCCCUAAACUGUUGUUCGACAUUGUUUGCACUUUAACCGACAUGGAGUAUGUCGUCUUUCAUGGAAUGGUCAACACAGGAAAAAUGGAGGCUUAUCAGGAAUUCUACAUUCGACAUGUUGAUGGCCUCCCCAUAAGCUCAGAUGCUGAGCGAGAACGCGUUAUACAGUGUCUUGAAGCUGCAAUCGAAAGACGAGCAGCUAAAGGACUUGAGCUCGAACUCUGCAUAGAGGACCGAGUUGGGCUCCUCUCCGACAUUACCAGAACAUUUCGAGAAAACAGUUUAUGCAUCAAAAGAGCAGAAAUCUCGACAAUAUCCGGUAAAGCCAAGGACACAUUUUACGUCACAGAUGUGACCGGUAAUCCAGUUGAUCCCAAGAUUAUUGAUUCAAUCUGCAGACAGAUUGGACAAACUAAGUUACAGGUGAAACAUAACUCAACUCUUUCAUCAAAGCCUCCACAGGAAACUACAUUCGGGUAUCUAUUGGCGAACCUGUUCAAAGCUCGAACGUUCUACAAUUUCAAGCAAAUCAGAUCAUACUCAUAAUUUAUUUGCUUAAAGUUUUCAUCAGUUUACAUUUUGUACAGAAAUCUUAGAUGUAUAACUCAGCAGAAAAAGAUACACAUAGCAGGCUUCAAGAAACAAUGUCAAAGGCAGAAAUUGGACUAAUAUAAGGUUUACACCAAAGUGGUUAAUGUAAAUAUCAUGAUAUUGUAUAGAAUUAUCACAAGAUUAAUUACUAGAUAUUUGUAAAUAGUAAGGGGAUUAUUUGUACAUAUAUAGUAAGAUUGCAUAUGAUAAUUAGUUUGUACAGAUACUUAAGUUUAAUGAAGAAAAGGUGUUGGAAAUAUUGUA